AUGAGUUCCCCUGUUGAGACUCGCUGGCAAGACCAGAACAUCGUCAAGAUAGACGGAAAAUGGACUGUGGACGGUCGACCAGACGUCAGCGUCGCGCCGGUAUUCCAGGAGUCGCCUUCCAACAUUCCUGACCACUACUACUUGGGUCUUAUGGUGACGGCGCCGGUAAACGCGGCAACUCCGCCUCAUACCCAUGGUGGAGGUGCCAUCGUGGCCACCAUGAUCCGUGGCAAGAUGCUCAAUCAGAUGGUGUGCCCUCAUCACGAUCCGGACUCUCAGGGCACUGGGCCAAAAGUCUACUCUGUUGGGGAGAGCUGGUAUGAGCCACCGGGAUGUCAUCAUGUACGGUCCGAAAAUGUGGGAGACGAAGAAGCGCAAUUUUUAGCUGUGUUUGUCAUAGACAAGAAGAAAGUUGACACAGAGGGACUGGCAAGCUUGGUUGUCAUUGAUGCUGCGGUUGAAGAAGCACAGAAGGCAGCCUAA